GUUCGAUUGACUCAUUUCAUGCCCAUGACCAUCAGUCAGUCCAGAUAUGGCCUGCACGCGCGACAUGAGCUUGACGGCAACAGAGUAGAGGGGUGUGGAGGCAUCCAUGCCCAUCCUAUCGGUCGUUGCAUUAAUGUCUGCUGGGCUGAGAUGCUGGCAUAGCCACUCGAUCACGUGAUACGACCACGUCCACGAUGCCGGAAUCAGCAUGUAAGGGGUGACCGUGGCGCCGUUGUCCUUCAUCAGCUGCAGGUAGGCAAAGGUGAAGCCGCGCGAGUAGAUGGGGCCUGUUUCGGCCGCUGAGUCGAGAACCGUGGCAGAGAUGGCGAGGGAGCGGUCGUGUUUGACGAGGUAGGUGUAGAUGGCCAACAGGGCCUCCUCGUACUGCUGGCUCGAGCGCACCAAUCGCGGCAAUUCCACCAGCGUCCGUCGCCCCCACAACCACCCUCGCCCUCGCAGAACCGCCCCGUUGACCACGAGUGUCUUGACGGCCGUCAGGUUGCCCGCUCGCACCGCCAUCUCGAUGGGACCCUUGCUCUCGAUGCUGAAGUACCGGGAAACCUUCCAUGUCUCAGGAAAGCUGUUGAUCCGGAGCCAUCCGAUGGCCUCGAUCAAAGCCGGCAGGAUGGCCGCCUGCACCUCGCGCGACGGCCAUAGCGGCAAGACGACCUCUGCUCCCUGAUCUAGCCCGAUGCUAAGCCCCUCCUCGAGCACUGUUGGCGUGCUCCAGUCGUCGAUGGCCAAGGACAGCAGACACAGACGCAGCACUCGAGUACGCCACUCUAUACGCCGACGCCACAGCUCGACGUACACGGCGGCGUCGGCGCCUUGGCGGAUGAGCUGCUGCACUUCAGCAGGGGUGAUGGUGCGUAGUAUGAUGCCGCCCACCAGCCGCUGCGUCGCUUCAUUCGUGUCAGGUGGGAGGCGGAUCUCGACAGCCUUUGGCUUCAUCGCCUGCUGCUCCGGCCGCCGCUGCUGCUGGUGUGGUUGCUGCCAAGCUGAUGAUGACGACGCCGACUUGUCAUUGAUUAGGCUGCCUACAGCGGCGUACGGCACGCGCUCGACCUUGAGCCGGCCGCCCGAGUCCCUGGCGUCCUCCUCAGUCACCGUCCACUCGGUGCCCAUGCCCAGCGGGUAGGGACACACCCCAUUCUCGUCUGUGAGUGAAGGCACAGAGAAAGACAUCCGUGAUUGCGUGGCGCGGGAUGCAGCAGAGAGUGUGUCAGUAUCUCACGUACCUUCAGCAGGCUGUGUGCAUUGCUGAGGGGUCGGUUGCUCGGAGGGCUGCGGCAGGCAGAUGAGCACAUCUGACAGAGAAAGGACAUCACAUCAUGGAUUCACCUCAUUCAUCCAUCCAUCCAUCUGUUUGUCGUCCGUUUUGGCUCACAGUCGAGGCCCGUGGUUGGAAGAGAUGGCUCUAUCGCCGGCAUGACGUGCCGGAUUGAGGGCUGCAGACGUAACGCUCAGACGCGGCCGCCAUUGUCAUGUCCUAUGGGAACGAAGAGAACUUCAAGGUGAUCAUCGUCGCCUCUCUGGCACAGACGGCAUGCUGCCCACCUGAAGGCAAGUCACUCGCGAAGAGCGCCGCCAUGCUCGCGCCGGUGGAUGAAUGGAUACGAUAACCUGCAUGGACAGACAAACAGCAGCCGUGUGGCCGUCUGCAGCGAGUCUGUUGCCCCGCUGCUCACCUGGCAAUCGGUGUUUUUGUUUCGUGCAGGGAGGCAGCGAGGAGCGAUGAACCAACGAUAAGC